AUGAGAGCGCCAUUGAUUGCCUUCUUUCUGUUGAUUUUGAUAUCCUGGGUAUCCUCAAAUGAAAUCUUCAAACCUCGUCAAAAUGUUGAAAAUCCCUGCAGUGAACAUCGAAUUUGGCGGCCCAUUCUCGAUCGAUUCGUAAAGGUUAAUGCCAGCGAGGAGCUGAAAAGCCAAGUGAAUGCUAUGGCAGAGACCAUCAAGGAUUUGCAGAGUCAGAUAGUGGAAAAAACCCAGGAAAUCAAGGAUCAAAGUGCCAGAGUUCGAGUUUUGACGGCAAAUAUAAAACACUUGCGGGCCGAAGUGAAAAACAAAGAUAAACAGAUCACAGAAAUAAACGGCGAUCUCUUGAAGUGCAGUCCCAAAAAUCCCCAACUUAAUAGUUCAACCGGUUGGUUAACUAUUCAAAAACGUUUUGACGGAACCGAGAAUUUCGAUCGAUCCUGGCGGGAUUACAAAGACGGUUUCGGCAAUCCAAAAGGAGAAUUUUUCAUCGGGCUGGAGAAAAUUCACCUCAUGACUCGUGAACGACCACACGAACUGUAUAUAAAUCUGGGCAAGAUUGAUGGUUCCACGGGAUACGCUCAUUACGACGACUUUAGGAUCGGAAGUGAGCAGGAAUCGUUUGAGCUGCAAUCGCUGGGCCUCUACGAAGGCACCGCUGGCGAUUCGCUGAGACUCCAUGAGCACCAGAAGUUCACCACACUCGACAGGGAUAAUGAUUCCUAUCGUCUGAAUUGCGCUGCCGACGAGUACGGUGGCUGGUGGUACUACAACUGCGCCCAGAGCAUGCUCAAUGGAAAGUUUUACAAAGAGGGACACUCUAGGGAUAAUAAAACGAAUGGAAUUUUAUGGGGUUCCUGGCACAACAACGAUUGGACCCAAUCGCUUACUUUUGUGGAAAUGAUGAUAAGGCCUAAAACAUUGUAA